GCGUCGGGGGCAAAGUGUCCCCAGCAGUUGUCAGAGACCCCAGUCGAUCCAUCUCGCGGCUGGAUGCUGCCCUCCAUCAUCCGCGGAGGAUGCUGUGCCCGCCACCCGCUCCUGCUGCCGGAUGGGGUGGCGCUGCUGGAUGCCGCUGCCCGCCCUGAGGAGGAAGGAUUCCCAGAAGCUUUGUGCCCCAGGGAGAAGGAGGAAGAAGAGGACAGACAAAGGAGCCCAGGGCCUGUCACCUUCUCACUGGCCAACAUGAUGCUGGGACUGGGCCCAGGGAGCGAAUUCCAGAGCCCUGAUGCUGAGGUCUACAUGCACUUCAUGAGGAGCCAUUGCUGCUACGAUGCCAUUCCCACCAGCUGCAAACUCGUUGUCUUUGACAUCUCCCUGGAGAUCAAGAAAGCAUUUUUGGCACUGGUGGCCAACGGGGUGCGAGCGGCCCCGCUCUGGGACAGCAAGACACAGAGCUUUGUGGGGAUGCUCACCAUCACCGAUUUCAUCAACAUCCUCCACCGCUACUACCGCUCACCCCUGGUUCAGAUCUACGAGGUGGAGGAGCACAAGAUUGAAACCUGGAGAGACGUCUACCUGCAGGGCUCCCUCAAGCCACUGGUCUACAUCUCCCCAAGCAAUAGCCUCUUCGACGCUGUCUACUCUCUGAUCAAGCACAAGAUCCACCGCCUGCCUGUCAUUGAGCCCAUCUCAGGCAAUGUCCUGCACAUCCUCACACACAAGCGCAUCCUCAAGUUCCUCCACAUCUUCGGCUCCACCAUCCCCAAGCCACACUUCCUGAAGAGAACAGUGCAGGAGCUGUGUGUUGGUACCUUCCGAGAUGUGGCUGUUGUGCAUGAGACCGCCCCCAUCUACUCUGCUCUGGAGAUCUUUGUGGACCGCCGUGUCUCCGCCCUGCCCGUCAUCAACGAUGCUGGGCGAGUGGUCGGCCUCUACUCCCGGUUUGACGUCAUUCACCUGGCUGCCCAGAAGACCUACAACAACCUGGACAUCAGUGUCCGGGAGGCACUGCAGCAGCGCACUGUCUGUCUGGAGGGUGUCCUAACCUGCUACCCCCAUGAAACCAUGGAGGACAUCAUUGACCGCAUCACCAAGGAGCAGGUCCAUCGCCUGGUUCUGGUGGAUGAGAACCAGUACCCACGGGGCAUUGUUUCCCUCUCUGACAUCCUCCAGGCCCUUGUGCUCACUCCGGCAGGUAUCGAUGCUCUUAACUCUUAGCCUACAACGCUCGACUUUCUCCACUUGCACCUUCCAUUUCUCUCCAUUUCAGGUAGGCGCUGUCCCCUGCCACUGCAUCCCUGUCCCCUCCCCACCACUGGGUCACUUGCACCUCAUCAUCUCCCUGCUGCGGCCACCUGCAUCCUCCCCAGCCAAACUGGCCUGGGGAUGGAGGAAGCUGGGGCUGGGGUCCUGCAGCACUGUGUGCCCAGGUGGGGACAGCAGGACUCGGAUGCUGCUUGUCCCAGGGGACACAAAGAUGACAGGGGCUCCUUAUGGGCUUCUGAGCACUGGUGUUUGUGAGGCAGGAUGGGGGCAUCUGCCACAGAUACACCCCCAGACCCUCAUCCAGGCAGUGUCAGAGGCGGAUUUUGCAGGUCCCUGGGCUUUGAGCUGGGUGAGGGUUUGGGAGUGUGAUGCGCCCUAAGAGAAAAGCUCUUUUGUGACCUCCCUUCAAAGUCCCCCAUAAGACCUGAAAACCUCCAGUGCCAUUCCCAGGGGACACAGUGGGGACAGAUCUCCACUCACAUACCCUGGACAUGCUGCCCAGCACUAGCCAUGGACACAGUGUGGCUGGCCCAUGGGCCAUGGCUAGCAGAGCCCUCCUUAGGGGUGGACUGAGGAGGGGGAACCUGGCCCCAAUGCCCAGCUAUUUCCCAAAGCUACUGAAGCUUUUUUGGGGGGAUAGUAGGGAACAGGCUUGGGACAGCCCUAGGCCCCCCAGUUGCCCCAGCAGUGCCCAGACACUCCACAUAGAAGGCAACUGGGACUCGUGUGUUAACCACGCUGGACACGGUACCCUCCUCAUCAUGAUGCAUUUGCUCACCCCAUGUCUGGUGUCCACAGGGGUGGCUGUGUCAGGAGCUGCAAGUGGCCAUGGGGAUGUCCCCCUCUGGGCCAGUCCCCCUCCCGUCAUACCCCAGGGCUUGCAACCAAGCCAGGGAUGGAGGCAACACCUCACUGUCCACUGGACAGUUUGGGAGCCAUGGCGCCAGUGCCUGCAGGUGUUAUGGCCUCACACGCUCUCUCACCCUGCAGGCACCGACCGAUCCUCACUCUCAAGACACCAGGGAAGUGCCACCCUCUAGGCCGAUGUGGGGCCCACUUGCAUGGCUCUGGGGCCGUAGAAGGAGUUUCAGGCUCCGGAGGCUCUCUGCAGGGAGGACCUGCCUGCCCAUCAGAGUCCUGGGGCUUGUCUUGAGUCUGGGGCCAGAUCCUGCUGGCCUCAGGAAGGCAGGGAGAGGGGAAAAGGGGUCCAGAGAUGCCUCCCGCCAGCAAGCACACAGUGAUGCUCAAUGGGCACUGUGCCGGAGGAGCUGUACAUGCCCACAGCUGGGCACGGGGACCCACACAGCCCCUUGGGACUUGGCCACCCUGCUCCUGUCCUGUUGCUGGAUUGGAGCGCUUUGGCCAUGGCUCCAUCCCCAGCAAGCGCAGUCAUGCCAGCUGCGCCCGGUGCCCGGUAGCAUAGGCUCAGCUGCACACACACACUUGUUACAGCAGGGUCACGCAGGGCUGGAGGUGCCUGGAGCUGGCGCCAGGAUGGCACUUGCAUGGGGACCCUGUGAAUGGUUUGGGGUGUGCUGGGGGUAUUUGUUUACUUUCUGGUCUGUUCAGCCUUGUUGCAACAAAGCAGCCUGCUCCAGGAA